AUGUCCGCCUUCCUCUCCUCUAUGCGCCCAGCCAUGCGCAUGGUUAGCGCCCCCCAGACCGCCCGCGCUUUCAGCUCCUCGCCUGCCCACUCCGUCGCCCGCCUGAUCCUCACCGGCCGCCUCGGCGCAGAGCCCGAGCUCCAUGCCACCUCCUCCGGCCAGGAGAUCGUCAAGUACAACAUCGCCACCUCCUAUGGCAAAGGCGAUAACCGCCAGACGAGCUGGUGGCGCAUCACAAACUUCGUCCCCGAGGGCUCCCAGCGCGAUUUCAUCCUUGGCUUGCAGAAGGGAACUCUCGUAUAUGUCGAAGGUGAGGCCAAAAUGGCCACCUGGGAAGAUUCCGAGGGCCAGAACCGGUCCGCUCUGAACAUUGUGCAGCGCACUCUUGAGGUCCUUCAGCGGCCCCAUAACAGUGACCAGUCUGACGAGUCUCACUAA